UGGAUGAAAAUGGGUCUCAUUUUCUUUGAUUUGUCCUUGAUGUAACGGUAUUUUUUGGGUACAAACGAGAGAACAAAUAUUUUGAAGUUAAAUUUCUAUCCAAACUCCAUUUUUAUUCAUGUAACGUUAUUAUUAUUAUUCUUGUGAUUUAGGUUAAUGAGUUUGUUCUGUAAAUUUUUUUCCCUUUAGUUUUAAUCUGAGUUCUAUCUUCAUCAUCUUUUAGCUUUAUUGUAAUCAAAUUCAAGGAAGUCAUAGAAUGGCAAAGAAAAACUUCAAUCGUUUAUGAUUUCAUCUUCCUUCCUUCCUUCAGCACCCGUCCCCACAGAAAGAGCCAGUCAGCCAGCAACCAUGGACUUGGAAUCGAACUUCGAAAUCAGCCGCACAUCAGAAUUCAUUCUAAGCAGGAACUUCACCAGAGUUGCUUUGCAGUUCCCAGAUGACUUGUUGAAACAUUCAACAAAGGUGGUUAAUUCUCUAAGAAACAAGCUUGGGUCAGCUAAUAAAGUCGGGUUAUUUGUAAUGGCAGACACAACAUUUGGAAGUUGUUGUGUUGAUGAAGUGGGAGCUUCCCAUAUCAAUGCUGAUUGCGUUAUACAUUAUGGACAUACCUGUCUCAGCCCGACCUCAACUCUUCCUGCAUUCUGUGUUUUUGGAAAAGCUUCAAUCUGCAUAUCCCGUUGUGUUGAGAAGUUAUCAAGUUACUUUUGGACCAAUGGCAAACCUAUUGUGGUUCUUUAUGGGUUAGAGUAUGCACAUGCAAUAUCACAGAUCAAAGGAGCAUUGGUAGAAGCUAUGCCUAAGGCCAAAGUGGAACUCAAUUUUUCUGAUGUUAUGUGUUCCAUUAUUAAUCCAUUAGAAGAUCAUAGGAAGUCUGAGGGACUUCUGGGAUGUUUGGGCAGCUGUACUUCUAAUAACAGUUUAGGUGCAGCAACUGGUACUAGGUAUAGCCUAGGAGGCUUGAUAUGGGAUCUACCAGAGGGACAGAGAAUGGAAGAUUACCUGCUUUUAUGGAUCGGGCCAGAUAAUUCAGCUUUUGCCAAUAUUGUGCUGACAUUUAAUGGCUGUGAAAUAGUCAGAUAUGAUGCAACAGAGGAUCACUUAGUGACAGAUGUUUCCCAACAGAAAAGGAUCCUGAAGCGUAGAUAUUAUCUAGUGGAGAGAGCAAAAGAUGCUAAUAUGGUUGGGAUUUUGGUUGGAACUCUUGGUGUAGCUGGGUACCUUCACAUGAUUCAUCAGAUGAAGGAACUGAUCAUGCUUGCUGGGAAAAAGGCCUACACUCUUGUCAUGGGAAGACCAAACCCUGCUAAACUUGCUAACUUUCCUGAAUGUGAUGUUUUCAUCUAUGUCUCCUGUGCCCAAACUGCACUUUUGGAUAGCAAGGAGUUCCUAGCACCAGUUAUUACUCCAUUUGAAGCCAUGCUAGCUUUCAGCAGAGGAAGCCAAUGGACGGGAACAUAUGUAAUGGAAUUUCGAGAUUUAAUUAAUUCUUCUACAUUGGAGGUAAGGAACCAACCGGAAGAAGCACGGUUUUCCUUCCUUAAAGGUGGAUAUGUUGAAGAUUUUGAACUCCAAGAGAAUGGAGAUGGAGAUAACGAAAUCAGUCUUGCUUUAGGUAAUGCGACAGAGAAGGCUCUGCAAUUGCGUGACAGAAACCCUGAUUCUCUUGUCAAAGGAAUAGCUAAAUCUGGAGCUGAAUUUUUCGUCACUCGAUCUUAUCAUGGUCUUGAAAUGCAUGCCAACAGUGCCUUGCCUGAGCCAUAUUUAAUUGGAAGAAGUGGAAAGGCAUCUGGCUACAAGGAUGAGCAAAGUGGAUUUCAUGAAGCCAUUAAACUUGUCUUGGUGGGUUGACGUAUAAUGAGUGGCAUUGGAUCAGAAUUCGAAACUCAUCCCUGGAGUAUUUGCACUGAUGUCCAGCACCUUUGGUCUGAAAUAGAAUCAUUUUCCUGCUGGAUAUGUACUAUAGCUCUUCGCCUGGUUAGUUGAUCCAUGUCUAGUUUCAUAAAUCUAUGUGUGCAUGUACAUGUCAAGUUUAUAUUAUAUUAUAGUAAUGCAAGGGCUGGUUGAUGUCCUGCAACACUCCAUUAUUCUUAAUAGUUACAUAAAAUAUGUCGAUCAAAAUGUUCGAUAUCUAUCUAUGUCCGCGUUGCUGUAACUUUGAAGUCCUAUAGAUCUGGUGACAGGAAGCUAAUUAAGUGCAAGCGUUGCCGGUGUUAAAAUUUUGGCAACAUGGUAUAUUGUAUUUUUUCUUUUUUACCACCCAAAGGAUCUAAAAAUUUGAGUGGUCUCAAAAAGGUUGAGUAGUUUCAAAUUAUUUUUGAUUUAGAAAAUUAAAAUAAUUUCGGAACUCUACAAGAGAUUAUUUGUAAACUUAG